AAAAUCCUUGUUAUGAGUACUGGCAGAACUGAAAUCAACAUGGCUACUGGUGAAAUUAGUUUCAGGCAUUCAGAUUUUGCUGUUGUCGUAUUCCCUUCUAUGCCCGAAACUUAUCCCACUGAUGCCCAUAUUGAAUGUCAUUAUACAAUCACAUCUGACUAUCAGCCAUCAAACAGAGAUUGGGUUGGUUUAUAUAAAGUUGGCUGGAUUUCCUCACACAACUACAUCUAUUAUGAGUGGUGUACCCCUCUCAAGGAUUAUAAAGCAGGAAAAGAAUUUGAAGGCAACAUACUCUUUCCAUCACAUCAAAUGCCAGGAGAUGAUGGGGAGUUUUACCAGUUCUGUUAUGUUGCAUCAACAGGGCAAGUAAAAGGAGCAAGUACACCUUUUCAAUUCAAGAAACCUCGAGCUGAUGACUUUGUUGAAAUGUUAGACGAUGAGAAUGAUAUGUUGGUAAUCCAUUCCAAAACAUUUGUCUUGGAAGACAACCUGAGGAAAGCAGAGGUGGAGAAAAGUGCACUUUUAGAGAACAUUGAAGAAUACAAAACAAGAAUUUCAACUUUGAUGAUUAAAGUUUCCCAACUAGAAAAAGAAACGGAUGAAGAACUGAAAAGCAAAAUGGCAGUGACUGAAGAUCUGAGAACAGCUUGUGUUAAAAUCAAGGAGUUAGGAAAGGAAAUUUCUGAUGCAGAAGCAAAACUCCAGCAGUUGUCAUCAGAGCUUGAGUCUGUUAAUGAACAAAAUAGCACACUGAAAGAUCAAGUGGACAAACAGAAGCAAGAAAUUACUGAUCUGAACGAAAAUGUCAAAUUAUUACUCAAUGAAAAAGAUGAAGCAGUUGGCAAAUGUAAAUUAUUGGAAGAAGAAAAAGAAAUGUAUAAGUCUCAGCUCUCUAAUCGGGAACAAUCUGUAUUUGAAACCCAAGAAGAAACAGAAAAGCUGCGCAAAGCUCUGAAGGACAUGGCACUAAGCAAAGAUCGAUGUCAAAGAGAACUUGAUGUAUGUAAAAGAAAAGCUCAAAUGGAGGACCCAUUAUUAAUUUCCAAAAAGGAAGAAAUUACAAGACUCGGAGAAAAAUUGAGAAACUCGGAAGACAAGUUGUCUGCUGCUGAAAGCACCAAAGAAAUGUUGCAAAAAGAACUGUCAGCAUAUGAAGUGACUCUUGUGAAAAUGUCUGCUGAUUUGGAAACAGCCAGAGGUGAAUCUCUCACCUUGAAGGCACAAAUGGAUAAAAUGGCUAAAGAGUUCCAAGAAUUCAAAGUACUUAAAAAGGAGGAAAUUGACAACCUUACAGAGGCCAAUGAAAACCUUAAGAAAGAAGCAAGCAAUUUAUUACCUCCUCAGUCGAUAUACCACUUGCAGAAAGCACAAGAAACUUUGAAGGAGAGAUAUGCUAAAUUGCAUAAACAGAAUCAAGAAUUGUCAUCACGCAAUGAGGAGCUCACUAACAAACUUUCUUCUUUAAAUAUACAGAGCAGAGAACUUAUGAAUGAACGUGAAGGAUGGCAACUUCGAGUUAAAAAGUGUUCUGAAGAAUACAAGAAGUUAUAUUCAGAAAACCAAAAGAACAUAAAGAAAAUUGAGAAAUUAAAAAGUGCCAAGCAUACUUUAUCUGAGACCACAAAUGACACUUCAAGUGGUGGUGCUGAGUCUGCCAUUGAGAACGUCCCCACCGAUGACAACAGUUCCACAAUAGAAAUGCUAGAAAAGCAGUUGUUACACCAGAAAAACUGGGCAAUGGAAUAUAAAGUACGAAAUAAUGAGCAAGAAAAAGAAAUGAAGGCUAUGAAGAAAAACUACAGUGAGAAAAUAAAGGAGUUAGAAGAGAAGUUGGCAGCUAAAGAGAAACACCAUGUUAAAUCAUCUUCAAAAUCCGGUUCUAAGAACAAAAAGUUAUCAGCUUCCAAAAAUGCACCAGUAACAGUUUCAAGAUCAAAACCUGCUAAUGUGUUCCCUCCGUUACCUGGGCAACAUUCUCCUCUGUUGUAUGGAAAUCCAUAUACCAGCCCAUCACCACAUGAUCACAGCAAACCUGGUUAUCCUGCACGCCUGGUUCAACUACCAAUGCCUAAUUUCUGUGAAACGCCAGACACUAAGCCAUUUGACCCAAUAACAUCUGAGAAUACCAUAGAGAAAUCAACAGAAAAUUUGCCACUCCCUAUAGAACCGACUGUUCUACCUUCUGCUAAAGCAGCAGCAGUAAAAGCAGCUUGUUCGACAAAUGAUAAAUCUUCUAUUGAACCCCCUGUUCAUUUAUUUGAACCCACUGACACCGUUGCUGACGGAAUUGAAAUUAUUGGUACAGAACAAUCUGUCAAAGGUCUUGAAGAAGAAAUGCGAAUCUGUCCCAGAUGUGAUGAAUCAUUUUCAAAUGAUGUAAGUGAGAGUGAAUUCAGUGAACACAUAGCAAACCAUUUUGGACGGGUUUGUCCAAUUUGUAAAAAAGUCACAGAUGAUGAUGUAUCGCAGGAUAUGUAUGAAAAUCAUGUUUAUGAGUGCAUUAAAAGGGAAUGUAAUUAAGGGACCAGUAAUUUGAUUUUCAAUCAAUUCCCAAUUUUGCCUUGUUGUUUGUAUCAGAUUUUUGAUGAAUUGUAACCUAGUGAUAUUUAAAUCCUGCCAGAACCAACAUCUUUCACCCUUCCAGUGAAGGUGAAGUACUGGAGUCAAUUUAGACACAAGACUUCCAGAAAUUUCAGAUUGAAGCGGGAUGGCUUGCAGUUCAUUAUAUUGACUCCAAUACUUGACUGGUACAUGUUUAUUUUAUUUACCCCAGGAGGGUAUCACAGUGAUAACACAUUUUUCUCUGUUGGUGAAAAAAAAA